AGGAUACCAUGACAAGAGAGACUCACAGUAGAGCAAACAUACUUCACUACCAUCAUGGCAAACUUUGCUAAUCAACCAUUGCUAGACUCUCCCAAGAGAAAACUCUCUUUCUGCAAAUGUCUCUCUUUGGUUCUCUCUUUAGUUGCCAUCAUAACCCCAAUCACCAUACUCACCAUCAAGCUUUUCAAUGAAACCUCUUCUUCUUCCUCUAAUUCUCUUUCUCUCUCAGCCACCCUUUGCCACCCUGCUCUUAACCAACCCUUAUGCUCCGCCAUGGUAUCAGAACUUGCUCCACCUGAAAUAUUGAUGAAAAUGAACGGCCCAGAUGUAUUGCAGGCCUUCUUGAAGAAGUCUGCAUCAGGCAUACGAAAAUCUAUGGAGACAGCGAGCGAUGUCCGCCGUCGGAUCAAUGACCCGAGAGAGCAAGCGGGUCUUGCUGAUUGUCUGGAGUUGAUGGAGCUGUCCAUUGAUAGAGUGAUGGAGUCUGUGGUGGCAAUUGAGAAAAGGACAUCCAGGUCACAUUCGGACGCCCAUUCAUGGCUCAGUGGUGUUCUCACCAACCAUGUCACUUGCCUAGAUGGGUUAACUGGGUCGGCCCGGUCCAUGAUGGAGCCUGAGCUCGAAGACAUGGUGGCAAGAGCUAGAGCUUUCCUAGCCAUGGUGGUUGCAGUAUCACCACCAGAAGAAAAUGAGGCGUCAAAUAAGUUCGAACCUAUGCAUCUUAUCGAGGAGUUUCCACGGUGGGUGACAGGCAAGGACCGGAAGCUUUUGGAGGCGGUGGCGGGGACUGUCAAUGCCAAUGUGGUGGUGGCGCAGGAUGGGAGUGGGAACUACAAGACUGUGAAUGAAGCUGUGGCCUCAGCACCAAACAAUGGCAACACUCGUUACGUUAUCUAUGUCAAAAAGGGUACUUAUAAAGAAAACGUUGUGAUUGGGAGUAGUAAGACGAAUGUUAUGCUUACUGGUGAUGGAAUGGGUUUGACUAUCAUCACUGGUAGCUUGAAUGUGGUUGAUGGAUCUACAACUUUCAAUUCUGCAACUGUUGCUGCUGUUGGUACUGGAUUCAUAGCUCAAGAUAUCUGCAUCCAAAACACGGCCGGGGCGGUGAAGCAGCAAGCAGUAGCGUUACGCGUCGGAGCUGAUCAGUCUGUCAUAAAUCGUUGCCGGAUUGAUGCCUACCAAGACACUCUUUAUGCCCACACUAACCGGCAAUUUUAUAGAGAUAGUUAUAUUACUGGCACCGUGGACUUCAUUUUUGGCAAUGCCGCGGUUGUGUUCCAAAAUUGCAAAUUAGUGGCCCGAUUGCCCAUGAGUGGACAGUUUAAUGCAGUUACGGCCCAAGGCCGAGUUGACCCAAACCAAAACACCGGGACUUCAAUCCAAAGUUGCAAUGUGAUAGCUAGCUCGGACCUUGAGCCCGUUAAGGCCACUAUAAAAUCAUAUUUGGGUCGCCCAUGGAUGAACUACUCAAGGACUGUUUUCAUGGAAUCAUACAUUGAGGACCAUAUUGAUCCUACAGGUUGGUCAAUAUGGAGUGGUAGUUUGUAUCUGAACACAUUGUAUUAUGGUGAGUACAUGAACAACGGUCCGGGCGCUGGUACUGCAAAGCGCGUCACAUGGUCGGGGUAUCACGUCAUCACUGAUCCAGCGGUAGCGGCAAAGUUUACAGUGGCUCAGCUAAUACAAGGAGGCGUGUGGUUGAAAUCAACUGGAGUAGCCUAUACUGAAGGCUUGUGAAUUAGGCUUUUCCAUUUCUUUUGUUAACUUGUCCUUUGUUCUCUUUUAAGUACUAUGUUUCUUGGUUUUAAGAGACAUUAUCUACUGUUGUAUGCUAUCUUGGAAUAAUUUAUAUGGUCAUUUUAGUGGCAUGUUAUAGUACAAUCCAA